AUAAAAAAUAAAAAAAUAAAAUCGAAAAACCCAAUACUUCGAUUUCCAUUUCUCAGGUGAGAGAUUGUUUCGUUGUCUUGUUUUCUGUUGAAUUAAGGGAUACGAUUCCAAUGGGUUUCACAAUCGGUUCUUCGUCGCCCGAGAUUUCGUUUCAUUGUUUAGAGAGCAUUAUUUCACAGAACAAGAAUUUGAAAUCGGCUUUUCCGAAAUCUUUCAGUAGGAGGCUUAGUAGUGUCUUGAAUCGGAAAGAUAUACACGAUGGGGGGGUUGUGAAGAAGGCGUGCGUACCGAGCCGUUCGGUCUCGGGGCAUUUGGAAGGUUCGUAUGUCGGGAAGAAACAGUUGAUCGAACCGUCUUCUAAGUUGGGAUUCAUACGCACUUUGUUGAUCGACAAUUACGAUAGUUACACGUACAAUAUUUACCAGGAGCUUUCUGUCGUUAAUGGCUUGCCUCCGGUGGUGAUUCGUAAUGACGAGUGGUCUUGGGAAGAUAUUUGUCAUUACCUUUACGAAGAAAAGGCGUUCGACAAUAUUGUGAUAUCUCCUGGUCCUGGUUCUCCUACAUGUGCUGCUGAUAUAGGAAUAUGCCUUAGGCUGCUGCACGAAUGCAGAGAUAUCCCUAUUUUAGGUGUUUGCCUUGGCCAUCAGGCUUUAGGUUAUGUGCACGGUGCUCAGAUUAUCCAUGCUCCUGAACCCAUUCAUGGACGGUUGAGUGAUAUCGAGCACAAUGGCUGUGGAUUAUUCCAUGGGGUUCCCUCUGGACGAAAUUCGGAGUUUAAGGUGGUCCGUUAUCACUCCCUUGUGAUAGACCCAAGCUCACUGCCUAGGCAACUCAUACCUAUAGCCUGGACCUCCUCCUCUGAAACGAACUCGUUUCUUGGAAUCGAAAAUCUUGAUGAUUUUGAUAGACGAGCUACAAACCCCGAGAAUGGAUUGAAGUCUUCCAACUCACAAGAGAUGCAGAGUGGAAGUAUUCUUAUGGGAAUUAUGCACUCCAGUCGACCUCAUUACGGCUUACAGUUUCAUCCGGAAAGUGUUGCGACUUUUCACGGGAGGCAAAUAUUCAAAAACUUUGCUAAAAUCACAAAAGACUAUUGGUUAACGAGGACAUCAUCCUCGAACAAGGUUCAUUAUUCUGCGUGCAUGCAGGUGCCUAAUGUAACUCGAUUAUUCCAAGAUGUUGCAAGAAGUAAUAAGCAUUCGGUGAAUGGACUCUAUAGAAAAAAGCAUGCCACCCUCUCUAACUUAGUGAAUUCGUCGUAUUCGAGAAAUUCAAAACUUUUGAAGUUGAAAUGGAGAAAAAUCGAACGAUCUAUAAGCCAAGUUGGUGGAGCAGAAAACAUAUUCCGUGAGCUAUUUGGAGAUAAUCGUGCAGAAAACACUUUUUGGCUGGAUAGUUCCUCGACUGAGAUGAACAGAGCUCGAUUUUCAUUUAUGGGGGGUAAAGGUGGGCCACUGUGGAAACAAGUGACGUAUAAGUUGGCGGAGAAGAGUUGCAGUGAUUCGAAACUUAAUCAUGGAGGCAAUCUAUCGAUUGAAGACGCUGAGGGGUCCGUUACAAGUACCUAUUUGGAAAACGGUUUUUUCGACCUUUUAAAUCAGGAGCUUCAGUCGUUUGGCUACAAUGCAGCAGAUUACGAAGGUUUGCCUUUCGAUUUCUACGGUGGCUAUAUUGGUUACAUCGGGUAUGAUCUCAAAGUCGAAUGUGGGGCCCAGUCAAAUCGCCACAAAUCAACGGCCCCCGAUGCUUGCUUUUUCUUUACAGACAAUCUCGUCGUAUUAGAUCAUCACACUGACGACAUUUACAUCACAUCUCUAUACGAAAAUACGAGCACAAAUCCAUGGCUGGAUGAAAUCGAGCACAAGCUUCUCAAUUUAAAAAUUCCUCCUCUGAAAACGAAAUCUGUUUCUUCGAAAAAAAUUCCAAGAGAAGGAUUUGUAGCCGAAAAAUCGAGGGAAAAUUACAUUAAAGACAUCGAAAAAUGUCAGAAAUUUAUCAAAGAUGGCGAAAGCUACGAAUUAUGUCUUACGACACAGAUGACGAGAAAUGUGGGGAAAAAAAUAAAUUCGCUGGACCUUUAUUUAAAUCUUCGAGAGAAAAAUCCGGCCCCUUACGCUGCAUGGCUUAAUUUUCCGAAACAAAAUUUAUCUAUUUGUUGUUCUUCGCCUGAAAGAUUUUUACGGCUCGAUAGGAAUGGGAUUCUAGAAGCAAAGCCUAUUAAAGGUACUAUAGCUCGUGGGAUAUCACCGGAGGAAGACGAUCUGCGCAAGCAACAAUUGCAAUACAGCGAGAAAGACCAAGCGGAAAACUUGAUGAUCGUAGAUCUUCUAAGAAACGACCUAGGCCUCGUUUGCGAGGCGGGGUCGGUCCACGUACCCCAUCUAAUGGAAAUCGAAUCGUACGCGACGGUCCACACUAUGGUGAGCACAAUAAGAGGGGAGAAGCGAUCGGACGUGACUGCGGUCGACUGCGUGCGUGCGGCCUUCCCCGGUGGAUCGAUGACAGGUGCCCCCAAAUUGAGGUCGAUGGAGAUCCUCGACACGUUGGAGACUAGAUCCCGUGGAAUAUACUCCGGGUGCAUUGGAUACUUCUCGUACAAUCAAACGUUCGAUCUCAAUAUUGUGAUUAGAACUAUUGUGAUCAACGGUGAGGAUGCAUCGAUUGGAGCGGGUGGGGCAAUCACUGCUCUUUCGAAACCCGAGGAAGAGUAUGAAGAGAUGCUGCUCAAAACUAGAGCACCCACUAAAGCUGUUGUGGAGUUUCAAGAAGAUAAUUAGUUUUCUUGCCUCUCUUUUUUUAAUAUAUGAAGUAGGGUGCUUAAUUAAGAUUUAUAUUUUUUCUUUUUCUUUUUUUUAAUUUUUUUUAAGAGAACGACACCCGAUGAGGGUGGGGUGUUGGGCUUGAAGAUGUUGCCCUAGUUGAAUUGGAGGAGGAGGAGGUCGACGCCCAAACCAGACCCAUUUUACACGCCCAAAAUGGGCGCCGAAAGAUAGUCUGCACGCCCAAAUUGGGCGAGGAUCGAACUUGUACGCACCCAUUUUGGAUGUGAAAAUAGUUUUUUCGCACCCGUUUUGGUAGUGAGCCACCUUUUCCAGAUUUAUAAAAUGAAAACGAACACAUUUUAUUUCUUUGUAUUGUGUAUCUCGAUUCCCAACCAAUGCACUCAUUUUCCUUU